UCAGCAGCACUUCCACACUUCUCACAAAUGAGCAAUCUGUCCAAAAUGUUCCUGGCCAGUCCUUAUAUUGACUUGGACUGAGCUUCAACUCGUUCCAGCCUCUGCUUCUUGUGGCUUGACUUGGUACUGGUACCACAUGCCCUUGCUUGCUUGCUUCAGAAUGUCAAGGACUGGGGCGCAAGCACUAUCAGCAAGAGCAAAGAAAGAUGAUGGACUGAUGUUCUAUUGCCGAACUUGUGUUGCUCCAAUCACUUCCAAUCGGUUAAGGCGGUUUUUAUCCCUCCCUUCUUCAGACUGGUAUGAAGUGGCAGAAUCAUGGUUCUGUGGCGCAUGCUGUGGUGGGGGAGACAAGGCGAUGACCAUGGCUAUGCAGCUGCGUUCCCGGCUGGCCCCUACUCCAGGCAUUUGCCUCGUGGGGAGGAGAGCAUGUGUGCUUCAUAUGGAUGAUGUAGUUGAGCAGCUAGCUGAUAACGCAAUGGAUGGAUUGAUGGAAAAUCAAGAGCAAGAAGGUCAUGCCACACAUGAGCAUCACUGUAAGAUUGAGAAUAGGGCAGCGUACUCAAAAUUUGCAUGCCAAGGGGCUGUGGGGGAGAGGGGUUUGUUGGUUGUGCCUUCUUUGAGUGCUUCCAAGAGCAGGGGGGCUCCAACAGAGGCAGGUGAGGAGCAAGAAGCAGGACUUGUUGUGCUGCGGGGUCAGGCUUUAUGCUCAGAAGGUUCCCGAACUGAUCCUUAUUCUUGCAAUGAGAUUGAGACUGGGUGCAUGGAUGGAAAGAACGCAUCCCAAGUGGAUGUCCAGAAGGAAGAGCUAUCCCAUGUGUGUGGCGGGCGACUGCUUGGUGAUGAAGGAGCUGGUGAAUGUACCAGAUUGGACGGUUUUGCGCUCACCUGUGAGGGGGUGGACAAGACAAAUGAUUCCACAUCCACUCGCCCGCGAGUGGAUAAUGCAAGUACCACAUUGAAUGGUUCAGAAUUCAGCCGUGACGGUGUGGAUGAGAUCAGGAAGUGGGGCUGCCAUGGGGAAUGUUGUGUCGCUGAAGAGGUGGAGAACGUCUCUCCCAUCCAUGUUGAGUCUCAAGCAGUCGAUGACACAGGUUCUGUGGAGGCGUUACAUGAUGAUGGAGCGGAUGAUGGUUGUGCAAGCUGCACUGAAAAGCAUAAGGCUGGGAGUUGUCGAUUGAGAAGUGACAUAGAAGGAGGGACAGAAUGCGAGGAAGGGGGGAGUCCAUUGUCGGAUGAUCUUGGAAACUGGUGGCGAGAAAGCGGGCAUGUUUGCAGAGUCGUGCGAUGUUGGGGAUGUCACAAGGUUAUUGGCACCUACAGUCAUAAAAAAGGACCCAAAGGGCUUGAGGUAUUGAAGCACAGAGUAACAACAGAGGUGGAGUCAAGGGGUGACAGAUGUGUCUUCAGAUGGCACACAUUGGAGUCCAUCUUUGCUGCUGAGGCAGCAGCCAUGUCCGCAGAACAUGGGUGCUAUCGAUUCGCCGUCUGGGCUUUUCCAGAAAAUGGAAAGAAACAAUUUGUGAUUCUUCAGAUUGUCGUUCUGAAUGCAGAGGCAUGGAUUUCCACUGGGAAGUCUGCUGAGCCAGAGACGACCAAGGAGCUGUCUCUGUGCACGGAGGACAACAAGGAGGCAUGUGAAUUGGUGCCGGUCAUGAAGUUGAUGUAUCGGGACUGUUUGAAUCUGGCCGACGAUGAAAGAAGCUGGAGCGGCCGGAGGAGUCCUGAGCUUGGAGAAGUCGCAGAGCUUUGGGAAUGAUAUCAGUCCUAUAGAUAGGGAAAGGAGGAAGUUCGGACUGCAUUCCACGAUGAUAGACAGCAAUGAAUUGAACAUGUCGUG